AGCUAGGGUCACGCGGCUCUGCGGAGUCACCACCCGAGGGCAGGAGAGGGCGUAGCCCCGAGCCCCGGGGUUUUGGGGGCCACAGACUGAAGCCAGAGAGACGGGGCCUGAUGGGUCCCCGAGUGUCCUCAGAGAGUAGGGAGUCAGUCCUGGGAUUCAGGUGUGCACCUCGCUAGACCGGUCCCUGCGCUGGGAGGCGGAGCCGAGCGGGGAGGGCCCCUCCUCUUCCUGGGUAGGUGUCGGCAGCUCCAGGGGCGCCGGAACGGACCAGGCUCGGGGUCGCAAUGAAUAACCCUAUACCUUCCAAUUUGAAAUCUGAAGCAAAAAAGGCUGCUAAAAUUCUAAGAGAAUUCACAGAAAUAACUUCCAGAAAUGGACCUGAUAAGAUCAUUCCUGCACACGUCAUUGCCAAAGCCAAGGGCCUGGUGGUCCUGUCUGCGAUAAAAGCUGGGUUUCUGGUCACUGCGAGAGGUGGCAGUGGGAUCGUGCUGGCGCGCCUUCCAGAUGGAAAAUGGUCUGCACCUUCGGCCAUCGGGAUAGCUGGGCUUGGUGGAGGAUUUGAACUAGGAAUAGAGGACAAUUAUAGCAGAGCCCAGAGGUCUGAAAACCCUGGUACCUUGGAUUAUCCAAUUGUUCGUUGUUUACCAAAAGCCAGAAUCCACACCGGGCCAUCAAGUCAGAUCAACCUCGCUUUCACCCAAGAUUGUAAUGUAUCGGAUUUGGUAAUAAUUUUGAAUUAUGACAGAGCAGUAGAAGCUUUUGCAAAAGGUGGUAACCUAACACUUGGAGGGAAUUUGACCGUGGCAGUUGGGCCCUUGGGAAGGAAUUUAGAAGGAGAUGUCUCCCUAAGAAGCUCAGCUGCUGUCUUUACUUACUGCAAGUCAAGAGGCCUCUUCGCUGGCAUAUCUUUAGAAGGUAGCUGUUUGAUUGAGAGGAAAGAAACUAACCGAAAAUUUUAUUGCCAAGACAUUCGAGCUUAUGACAUUUUAUUUGGAGAUAUACCACGGCCUGCUGAAGCAGAAGAUCUUUAUGAAAUUCUUGAUUCUUUUACUGAAAAGUAUGAAAAUGAAGGACAACGAAUCAAUGCAAGAAAAGCAGCACGGGAGAAGAAGAAGGCUUCUGCUAAAGAAUUGCCUUCAAAACCAUUGUCAAGACCACAGCAAUCGUCUGCACAAGUACAGCUGAAUUCUGGCUCUCAAAGUAACAGAAAUGAAUAUAAUCUCUAUCCUGAACUUUCCAGCUACCGUGAGAGAGUCGGCAAUUUGAACCAAUCUAUAGAAGUGACAGCACUAUAUUCUUUUGAAGGACAACAGCCAGGAGAUUUGAAUUUUCAAGCUGGAGACAGAAUCACAGUUAUAUCAAAAACAGAUUCACAUUUUGAUUGGUGGGAAGGAAAUCUUCGAGGUCAAACUGGCAUUUUUCCAGCCAACUAUGUUACCAUGAAUUAAAGUUUAUAUUAUUUUCUUCUUUGAGGAUUACAAAAAAAAAUAUUACUACACUGGCAGGAUUUACUAUUCAGUUAAACAAUGUUUAGUAUAAGUUUAAAAACACUUCUGUUUA